GAGGAGAGAGAAGGGAGCGCUUCCGGCUGGUCUUCCGGUCGAGGCGGCCGGGAUCUUUGGCGCCCAGGGCCCGCCAUGAGCCUCCUGAAGCGGAUCCCGCCGCCCGGCGAAGGGGUGCGGCUGCAGCAAUCCGACACCGAGGCGGUGCUGGGAGGGAGAGGCCUGGGCACCGGGAGCCUCUACAUCGCCGAGAGCCGCCUGUCAUGGAUCGAGAACUCCGGCCUUGGCUUCUCAUUGGACUACCCCACUAUAAGCCUCCACGCUAUUUCCCGGGACCUGACUAAUUAUCCGUGGGAGCAUUUGUACGUCAUGGUGAAUGCAAAAUUCGAAGAAGAAUCGAAAGAGUCCCCCAUGGGCGACGGGGAGCAGGAAGAGGAGGAAGAGGACAGUGACGAUGAGCUGGAGCCUAUUUCAGAGUUCAGAUUCAUACCCAGCGACAAGUCGGCCCUGGAAGCCAUGUUCUCCGCGAUGUGUGAAUGCCAAGCCCUGCACCCGGAUCCUGAAGAUGAGGACUCCGACAACAACUACGAUGGUGAUGAGUACGACGUGGAGGCCCACGAGAGGGGUCAAGGCGACAUCCCAUCGUUCUGUACGUACGAAGAAGGCCUCUCUCACUUAACAGCCGAGGGCCAGGCGACCCUGGAGAGACUGGAGGGCAUGCUGGCGCAGUCGAUCAGCACCCAGUACCACAUGGCUGGGGUCCGGACGGAAGAUUCCAUCAGAGAUUUCGAAGAUGGAAUGGAGGUGGACUCGUCGCCAGCUGUUGCCGGGCAAUUUGAAGAUGCGGAUGUUGACCAUUGAGGAUGCGGGCGGCCGUUAAGAUACUUCUCGCAGCUUUCCAGAGUGGGCUCUGCAGGCUUGACUCCACGGGACUUAUCCUUUCUGUAUUACCGGCCCAAACGUGGAGGUUUAGGCCUAUCAACGCUUUUUAGAGAUGCGCUUAUAAAAACACCCUUGAUAUUGUGGGAUUGCUUACUUUGUUUCUUAAAUUCAGGAGGGUCGUGAGACCUCGCGUGGCUUAAUAAUCGUGGCCUGCUAGCGUGCGGCCUUUAUGAGAGUGCUGGAAGUUAAGGAAUAAAGUUGCCUUUAGAACAGAGUUCUAGAUUGUCCUAGAAUUUCCCCCCGUAUUUUUGUGCCUCCUUUUCCACCGGGAUGGAAACGCUGCCGCAGAGACGCGCCGCGUAGCAGGGGCUGCAGAUCGAAAGCAUCGCGAUCUCUCCCCUUCUCCGAGGAAUUAGGUCGCCCAAUCAGAUGAUCUGGUCUAUCAUGGCUUUCACAGUGCAUUUCGCUUAGAGGACCCACCUGUGCUGUCCCAGGAAUGAGAACCUUCUCGUGUCUUUGCUACAAACAAAAACGGUUCAAUAAAUAUAAUUUUUUUAGAAUCUUA